CAUUGGAAACUGGUCCAAAUGAUGAUCAGAUGAUCGAAAAUGGCGGCAGAGGUGCUUCCAUGAUGUGCCUUCAAGCACUUGGCGGUUCGCGACGUAUACAGCCAAAUAAUCAUAAUGCAGCUCCACAAGUUGUAAUACUUGCUGGAAAUAAUAAAACUGGUGCUUAUGGGCUUGCUACUGCACGACAUCUUGCAAAUCAUGGAUGUUUUGUUAUUGUGUGCGUCGUUGGUAAAGAAAAGGACUUACAAAAGAAUGUUACGUUCCAACAAAAGAUUUUACGUCAUACUGGCGGUAAAAUUGUAAAAACAGUUAAAGACCUUCCACAACAAUUUACCAACCCCGUUGAUCUCAUCGUUGAUGCCUUGCUUGGUUAUCAAUUUACUCUACGAGAUAUUGUGGAUGUAAAUGAUAAACAUUUAAUAUGCGAUUUAAUGGAUUGGGCUAAUACUAACAAAGCACCUGUGUUAAGUUUAGAUAUGCCUAGUGGUGUGAAUGGAAGUUCAGGUAACCCUGUUAAUUCUGCGCAUUAUAUCCAUCCAAAAUGGACGCUAUGCCUUGGAGCUCCCAAAAGUGGUUGUAAAUCACGCACGGUAACUGGUGAGCUUUUCUUAGCAGAUAUAGGCAUUCCAAGGGCUUGUUGGAAAAGGAUCGGUGUAAAGGAAUGGGGAAUGCCCUGGGGUAGUGAAUAUUUAAUUGGAUUGGAAUACUAUGUAAUGAAACACACCAAAGAAACGUGA